GUUUCUUGUAAAAAUUUUAAAAUUUGCGCAAAAUCUAAAGCUAGCUAGGAUAAGAAGUCAUCAUCCCCACGCGAGUCACGAGAUAGGAAUGCAUCCGACUGCGACACUGGAGUUCAUCUCAUCCCCCUGUCUGGCAGUAGUAUAUAUCCAUAGAUAUAUGCACAUGAAUGGUGAUCCAUCUACUGAUUAUGCAUGACAGCUCAAAUGUGGUUGCAGCAAUGGUGUCUCUCGCACGGCGCCACGGCGAGCCUAGCCAUCUUCCUCCUCCUCUUCCCUCUCCUCGUGCUGCUCGUCACGGCGCGCCUGCUGCGGCCGAGCAAGCAGCUGGAGACGCUGAGCCGGAUCCCUUCGCCGCCACAGCUCCCGAUCAUCGGCCACCUCCACCUCGUCGGCGCCCUCCCGCCCGUCUCCCUCCGUGACCUCGCCGCCAAGCACGCCGGCGGCGGCCUCAUGCUCCUCCGCCUCGGCACCGUCCCCAACCUCGUCGUGUCGUCCCCGCGCGCGGCGCAAGCGAUCUUGCGCACGCACGACCACAUCUUCGCCUCGCGCACGACGACUGCCAUCACCGACACUCUCAUGUACAGCUCGUCUGACAUCGCCUUGGCCCCCUACGGCGAGCACUGGCGCCAGGCCAGGAAGCUCGUCACUGCACACCUCCUCACCGUCAAGAAGGUGCACUCCUACCGCCAUGCCCGCCAAGAAGAGGUGCGCCUGGUGAUGGCCAAGAUACGGGAGGCGGGAGCCGCGACCACAGCCGUGGACAUCGGCGAGAUGAUGAACACAUUCGCCAACGACAUCAUCAGCCGCGCCGUGUCGGGCAAGCUCUUCAGGGUGGAAGGGAGGAACAAGCUCUUCCGGGAGCUCGUUGAUAACAACUCCGUUCUGCUGGGAGGAUUCGACCUUGAAAACUACUUCCCCAGCCUAGCGAAUUCGCUAGGAUUCCUCACCAGAUGGUUCCUGCGCAACAGGGUCCAUGAGACACACAAAAGGUGGGACGAGCUGCUUGAGAAGAUAAUACGCGACCAUGAGAGAAGAAAAUCUAUGCAAGGUCAUGAUCAAGAGAGUGACUUCACCGAUGUGUUGCUCUCCGUUCAGCAAGAGUAUGGUAUCACCAGAGAUCAUAUGAAGGCCAUCUUGAUAGACAUGUUUGGCGCGGGCACAGACACAUCAUCUUCGGUCCUGGAGGUCGCCAUGGCCGAGCUCAUGCGCAAGCCUUGGGUAAUGACCAAGCUACAAAGUGAAGUCAGGAGGCACACACCAGAGGGUCAAGAAACGGUCGAGGAAGAGAACCUAGCUAGCAUGGCCUAUCUGAGAGCCGUCGUGAAGGAGACACUAAGGCUGCACCCACCUGUUCCGCUCCUCGUCCCUCACCUCUCCAUGGCGGACUGUGUAGUCGACGGCUACACAAUCCCCUCCGGCACUAGAGUCAUCGUUAACACAUGGGCUAUCAGCAGGGAUCCAGAGUUAUGGGAGGAGCCAGAGGAGUUCAUGCCGGAGAGGUUCAUGGACGGCGGGAGCGCUGCGGCCAUCGACUUUAAAGGCAACGACUUUGAGUUUGUGCCAUUUGGGGCUGGAAGGAGGAUCUGUCCUGGCCUCAACUUUGGUUUGGCUACUGUUGAGAUCAUGCUGGCAAACCUCGUGUAUUGUUUUGACUGGCAGCUGCCAGACGGCAUAGAGGCCAAGGAUAUUGAUUUGACAGAGGUGUUUGGAUUGUCAGUCCGUCCAAAGGAGAAGCUCAUGCUAUUUCCAAAACCACGUGGUCAUCACUCCAUGCAAAUUACUGAGGCUGGUCACUGAGUUGUCUAUCACACCCCAUCGAUCGAUUACACAUGCAUAUAUAUCCUGUAUAGCAGCUAUAUAUAUUAUAUAUACAAUAAUGCUGCCUUAACUAGCUAUUAUUGUAGGUACAAUCACAAUUAAUGCAUACAUCCUAUUCACCUUAUACAUCUGGUCAGGUUGUAUAGCUCAAUAGUGCAUAUAUGCAUGGUAUAAACAAUAAUUCGAUCUGGAUUAUAUUAACAGAGAUAUGUUGUGAGUAA